UCGCCGGUUCGUCCGACAACCACGCGCGCUGCUCUGUUUUUUCUCCCUCUUUCUCUAUUUCUCUUUCUCCUCCCGUCCCCGUCCCCGCUACCCCCGCCCCCGCCAUUUACCGUGCAUCUUUCAUUUUUUUUCCGUCCCCCCGUUGGAUGACCCCCACCUGUCCCCUUCUUUUUUUUGCGAACUGCCGGCAUAUCGCGGGGGUCGCGCGCGCGACGUCCGUGUGCCGCGAUCGCGGAGUGUUACCCCCCCUCGCGCGGAGGUAUGUUACCGCGUGACCACCACUCGCCCCGCGCCCCGUGUGCGCCUUGAAUACGGAUCGGGUUGAACUGCGGGUGAGGGGAGAGAGGAGGGAAUUCGCAUCGCAUCGCAUCGCGACGGCGACGGCGAGGGGCGAAAGAAAGGAAGGGCGGCGAUGCAACGCGGCGCGGGGACGUACGUGCUGGCUGCGUGCUGCCGUCGCCCCGGCGCGAGAGAACGUUAAGGAGAUGGCAACGUAACGUAGCAGGUGACUACUAACCGGCACGAGAUGAACACGAACGGCAACGCGGUCGGGCAGGAAGGUGGUGCCGGUACCGAUUAUGGGAGUAACGAGGAGACGGAGGCUCUGCUGGGCAGGCCGCCGCCGCCGCCAGUCGUGGUGGCCGUGGCGUCUCAGGGCAAGCCGGUUCUCACGCGGCAGGAUCGGGCGACAUUCCCCGUCACCUCGCCGCAACUGUCCGUGUCCGGGCUCGGCGGCUCCGAGGAGAGCGGCACCAACGAGGACCCGGCUACCAGAUCGGUACCGGACAUCGAGCUUCACUGUCGGCUGGACGGGGGCGAGCCGCAGCUACUGCCGCCGCCGCAGAUUCAGCAGCAACAGCAGCAACAGCCGCAGCAGCAACAGCAGCCGCAGCCGCAGCCGCAGCUCCAGCAGCCACAGGUGCAGCAGUCGCAGUUGCAGGCGCAGCCGACGUUCUACCGGUCGUCCAGGCAGUCGCAUCAGUACAGAUGCAGGUGCGACCGAAGGGAUUCCCUUGCGCCCACUUCGGCUCUUCAUUUGGCCCGCAGCGUCUCCAGAGAGAGCGUGAAGAGCGGCCACCACUGCUGCCCGUGUCAGGCGCCGCCGCCGCCGGUGUUGGUCACCACGUCGCCCAACGCCCGCAUAAUACGGCAGAGCUCGCAGCCGGAAGCGUCCGCGUGUUGUUGCUCCGGCUGUUGCUGUCCGCUGCACACCGGCGCGGCGCCGAGCGCUGCCUCGCUGCGGCAGCUCCGCGAGCCCGGCGAUGGGAUUGCCGGCAUCGCCGCGGACUCGCUGCGGAUCAAUGGCGGCAUACGACAGUUCCGGCAGUUCCCGUGGUGGUGCAAGUCGUCCUCGUCGACGAUGGCGGCGGCGGCGGCGUCCUCCUCCAUGGCCGCGGCGCCCGGCCCAGCAUCCGCCGGCGCCUCUUCCGGCACCCAGGGUGGCCAGGGCGUCGUACUAUGUCCACGUACGCUGUCGCAGGUGCGACGGUCACGACUACGCCGGGCCCUCACCGAGGCGACCUCCGAGACCGUCAACUACGUCAAGAUGGUGCGAGAUGACGAUUUUUCGCUAUCAAAAUCCUAUUAUGCGCGUAUACCGGGUGUUCCAGAUUUCAACACGGCCCCUCGCCACGAUCUUGAUCCUUGAAUUUUUAACGCCUCGGCAUAAAAGAGGCAUUCCCCGAAAUUUUACUGUUAUUCCAAAUUUGCGCAUUAAUUAAUCAAAAAUGUUUCUUCCUUUUCUUUGCUCAUUUAUUUACGCUCGUGACAAAACUUGUGUUUUAUUAUCAUUCCAUUUAACUGCCCCGUCAUUUGUAUUAAUUUGAAUACAUACAUAAAAUGAUAUGCGGUUGUGAGGGAAGCACGCGACUUCUGGGAUACCCUGUAUGCAAAUAUGCCUUGCAUAACGUACGCACAUGCACGCACAACGUGAUUAUACUAGUGAUGAUACUAGCGGAAACGUUCGACGGGAAUGUUUGACACCCCGUGUAGACGUUAUUAAAUAACGACGUCUGGUAGAAAUGGUCGAUGUUAUGCUUCCGCGCGAGCUUCCCAUUUAUGGUCUUUCACACCAGACGCCGUAAUUUCAUUUACGUGCACGUAAAACGUGGUGAAAACUGUCACGGACACAGCACAAUUUGCAACGUAUGAAAAGAUUUGAUAAAAAUGUAGGAAUGCUGUGAGAUUGUUCUCCAAUCUAUGCAGUCAUAAUGGUAAGUUGUUAGUGAUCGAGCAUGCAUUAAUUCGUUAAAUCAAUGCUUUUUUUUUAAAUGCAUUUUCACGGUUGAGUUAUUUUCGAUGUUUGACAAAUUUUAGCAGGAGUUUAAGCGACAAAUAAUCGUACCACAUAAAAUAUUUGAUUGCUGGAGGAAGUUAAAUACAUUUAAUUCCAAGUAGUACAUGUAACGUAAACUAUAGCAUCUCAGAAAUAAAUGCGCGUUCUUAUCAAUAAAAGAGAUUUGAGAAUAUGAGCCUACGAAGUUAUUUAAAAAAUAGCUGUUUCUUAUUAUAAAAUCACCUUUAUUUGAAAGUAUACUAUACUGAAAAUAUAUUCAGUACGUACUAUGUAGGUAUUAUGUUAUCAUAUUUAAACAGUAGAAAUGUAGCUAUAAAUAUUACAAUACGCGGAAGCUUACACGGGCGCAUAAAAAUGCAAAGGCCAUGUAAAAAAAAUGAAAGCAUUUGCAAUAAAAUCUCACGAGUUUUCGCGAGCUCGCGUUCGCGUUAAGGAAAGUGCAUCUGGCAAAUAUUGAUCGUAACAAUCUGCGCUUUACGUCGCUGUACUUCUCGCGUACGGGACGCAUUUCCGUAGUAAACGGCGAAACGGACGAGACGGGAAAUAAAAUGAAAUCCUCCCACGAGCGUACUACACGAGCGAACGCCUCCGUAUAUAUGCGCGCGGUCGGUAGCGGAAAUCUCGUCUUCGCGCUCGCGAGAACUUUUGGUAGCCAAGCACGGUUUUGGUAGCCAAGAACGCGAGUUGUCGGAAAAGAUUGCUCGACCGAGCGUCACACAAAAACUUUCGCGAGUUCCAUUCCGCGAGACGUAUACACAAUUUACAAAAUCCCUUCUCUUCCACUGACGCCGCCGCCGGCAGACUUUUCUAAUAUCGCGAGAAUUUUAAAUCAGCAGCGAACUUGACGUGUAUUUCUAAAUAUCCCGGAAGAUUACCGCCGCACGUCGCAAAGUAACACCGUAUUUUAUAUAAAUGAUAAAAAUUGUUUUGAAUAGAAAAUUAUUUUGAGCAAAAAUUGCAGUUUAUUGCAAGGCGAGGAUUUCUUAAUUGUUUUUUUUAACUUAUUUUUUAUCAAAUUUUAUUUUAUAAUAUU